UAUGUUUGCUUAAUUAUAACAUGGAUACCGUUGAAGUUCUGAGCAUUCCCUUCAGACGCAGUUGGAGAAUCAUUGGUUCCUGCAAUGGCUUACUUUGUGUCGAAGUCAUUCAUAAUCGAGGCAGGUCUUCUAGUUCGCUUUGGCUGUGGAACCCGGUGAUUAGAGAAGUUAUAGAAGUACCUAGCACACUGAAUGAUCAUAGGUACGUUUGCUGUCUAGGAUUUGGAUUCAGUAGCAUCGUUAAUGAUUACAAGAUAGUGAGAUUCUACAAUCAAGAGUUGCGUAGAAAGAGGGAAAAUCAAUACUUUCAAUUCAUCAAGCAUGAUCGGGUGGAAGUGUUUUCAUUAAGCACAGGGUCAUGGAAGGAACUGGAGUCUGAGGCUUUACGGCAUACAGAAGUUUUACGUGGUGCUUUGAAUGCUGAUGGAACUAUUUUUUGGUCUGGAUUCCGGUCUUUCUCAUCCAUAAUAAUUUCGUUCGACAUAGCAAGGGAAGUGUUUACAUUAACACCAACACCAAGACCAACUGAACAUGAUGUUUCAUUUGGUGUGUACGGGAACAAACUUGAGGGUCACUAUGUGAUUAAAGAGGGCCCUGGAUCUCAUUUCAUCGGUGUUUGCGAGGUGGAGGACGUUGCUAGUGCAUCUGGGAAUGGUUUGAGUUGUAUUCAGAAAGAUAGGGUUGGACCAAUGUCAGGUGUUAUACGUCCCGUAUGUGUUUGGAGGAAUGAAAUAGUCUGCUAUCACAUUAAAGAGACUGAGGUGGAGGGUAACCCAAAAUGCGUUCUUCAUAUGUUCAAUCUCAUUACUAAUGAACGGAGGACGUUCAACUGUUCAAUUGACUGUGACUGGUGUGAUAUUUUCAAUUAUGAUGAGAGCCUUGUGUCUGUUUGGAACACGCAGAUUAUGAAGAAAAUGGAACUCAAAAGAAGAUAUCCAAAGCUACAAAAUACUCCUAGAGAAAUUCAGCUGCAAGUACAUGAGAAAAAGGAAAACGAACCAUGCAUAACAUCUGAAUGGCCUAAAUAAGAUAAGCACACACCGAUUUUGGACACAGAAGUUGCAGGAAAAUCACUGGGAAUCUCCUUUCGCAGGGAACAAACCAUAAGUGAAAAUCAUAGAAACAGUGGCUAACUGGCAAAGGAGAAGUUGCCCUGUGAUUCAUAUACAAUCAAACUAUCGUUAUUUAUUUCUUCAUACACAAUGGCAUAUCCUGUGGAACAAUCCCUCCUUUAAGUUGGUGCAUAUGGGUUUACUCUUUUGUCUCAUCAACCAUACGGUCCAGUAAUAACAAAAAGGUUCAGCUUUUGUUU